AUGAACACUGAAGAAGUGGAGUUACUAACUGACUCCAAAUACAGGAAUUAUGUGGCUGCUGUGGACAAGGCAUUGAAGAAUUUUGAGUACUCCAGUGAAUGGGCUGACUUGAUAUCUGCGCUCGGGAAACUGAACAAGGUUUUACAGAACAAUGCGAAAUAUCAAGUGGUCCCUAGAAAGUUAACCAUAGGGAAACGGCUGGCACAAUGUCUUCAUCCAGCGUUGCCAGGUGGAGUUCACAGGAAAGCGCUGGAAACUUACGAAAUCAUUUUCAAAAUUAUUGGACCAAAGCGCCUCGCCAAAGAUCUCUUCCUAUACAGCGCUGGUCUUUUCCCUCUGCUUACCAAAUGCUGCAAUGUCUGUGAAACCAGUAUUACUUAGUUUGUAUGAGAUGUACUAUCUACCUCUGGGCAAGACCUUAAAGCCAGGCCUACAAGGACUGCUCACUGGUAUUCUGCCUGGCUUGGAAGAGGGCUCUGAAUAUUAUGACAGAACCAACACCCUCUUGGAGAAAGUGGCCUCAGCUGUGGAGCAGUCGGCUUUUUACGGUGCCCUGUGGGGCAGUCUCCUCACCAGCCCUGCUGUGCGCCUUCCUGGCAUCACCUAUGUCUUAUCACACCUGAAUCGGAAACUAUCAAUGGAAGAUCAGCUGUACAUCAUAGGAAGUGACAUUGAAUUAAUGGUGGAAGCUGUGAGUACAUCUGUGCAGGACUCCAGUGUGCUGGUUCAGAGGAGCACU